ACGUACCGCAGAACUUUAUUCACUUUGGAUACAGAGGAAAUUCCAACAGGACCUUGUUUUGUUUUUUUCCUUCUUCCAACUUUUCUGAACUUCCACAGUUCCUGGAGGUUGAUUCCUGAAGUUGGUUUAAAACUUUGUGCAGCUGCUUGAAGACUGCUGCAGUGGAUCCACACAGAGGGCGAAAGUAACGGUCAUCAGGCUCUCAAGAUGCCACGUUCAUUUUUGGUGAAGAAGUAUUUUACGAGCAAGAAGCCAAAUUACAGUGAACUGGAGAGCCAAAAUGGCCCAAUUUCCGCCAUGGUACCAGAACGCUACCCGCUUGCAGAGCUACCAACUAAAGAAGACGGUUCCCUGGUGACCACGUACGCUUCGGCUCUUGUCUGGACCACCAGCGCGCUUCCGCUUUCCUUCCCUCCUUCAUCCCCUACCACACCAUCCUCCAUCGCUCCCCUGGAUCUCAGUUCUCCAUCCAGCUCAGGCGAGGAAGACGAAGGCAGAACGUCCGACCCCCCAAGUCCAGAUCCUUCAGACCGAUUCCAGUGCGCCCACUGCGGGAUUUCCUGCAGGAGCCGUGCCGCACUUUCACGCCACCAGCUCUCGCAUUGCAGCGCAAGCACCAAUGCUAACCUGGUUGAGAAUUCCAACAUGGCCGACAGCACUACAACGAGAGCUGCCUUCCGGUGCAAACACUGCCCCAAAGAAUACAACAGCCUGGGAGCUUUGAAGAUGCACAUCCGCUCACACACACUUCCAUGCGUCUGCACCACCUGCGGAAAGGCGUUCUCCAGACCGUGGUUACUCAGGGGCCACAUUCGUACACACACCGGAGAGCGCCCAUUCUCAUGCAUUCAUUGUAACCGAGCCUUUGCUGACCGGUCCAAUCUGAGAGCUCAUCUUCAGACCCAUUCGGAGGUGAAAAAGUACCAGUGCAGCACCUGCUCCCGAACCUUCAGCCGCAUGUCACUCCUGCACAAACACACCGUCUCCAGCUGCUGCCCGACCGCCUAAACGCUCACACACACACACACACACACACACACAGCCAACGACGGAGACAAGGGUGUGAGCAGUGUCUAAACACCGUCCUGUUGACUGAGUCUGAUCAUGACCUGGUGGACGAAAUCAGGUUAAGGGGCAGAGCGAAGAUGCUUAGCUGGAACGAACCCUGAAAAUAUUUCCGAAGUGCCUUAUAUUGUGUUUCUUUUUUUUCCCCACUGGGCUUCAUACCAGUCAAAGACAGAUUUAGGCGAGAUCGCACAAAUGUGGCGCAAUGUUUUCCUUACCCAAUUCGAUCAAGGUUAAAGGGGGGGGUGGGGUGGUGGGAUAGGUGGGGGUUGUGCUCUGCAGUUGGGCCAUGCGCCUCAUUCUCAAGAUGCCCAUCGGUGCCGGCUGGUCCGGCCUUUUCGGUUUGCGUGCAGCUGCCGGAGAGGGGGGAAGUGAGUGUGUGUGGUGUAAGGGAGGGGGUAUCUCUCACCAUGCUCCACACACUUUGCAGCGAUGUAUUGGGACAGCUGUGUGAGCGGAGGCGGCGUGUCGACAGGCGUUUCAGCCCUGCCGAGCUUUCCACACUUCUUAGAGAAAAAAAAGAGCAAUAAACGCUGUCAGGUUCAACCAACACUCAUCCCUAAUGGGUUUUAUUUCCAAACAUUUGUAUCAUGCCUCUGAAUGUGUAUUAUUUUUUUUAUUCAAAUAAACUGUAAAGUGUGCACUAAAGUGUUGCAAAGCACAAUGAUUGUUGGAGAAAGUGACUUUAAAAAAAACAAAACAAUUUAUUGGGUAGCAUGAUUUAUAACAUUAAACACAAUAAACAGGUGUGUAUUAAUGGAAAAUUGGUGAGUGGCAAUAGUUAAAUGAAACUAAACACUCUUUGUCUUUGGACAGAGCUUUAUCUAAACAAAGAAAAGAAACCAAAGAUCGUUUCCAGGACCUUUUAUCUUUUGCAAUUUUUUUUUUUCAAAUUCUGUGUUGGUCCAUGGAGACUCUUCAAGCCAUAAUCUGCCUGUACAUGUGCCUUUCAUUCUUUUCUUAAACAUUGUAUUUGUAUUCAUACAUAUAUAUACAGUGAUUCUGUAACAGAGACGCUCUGCAAUCACUUUUUUUUUCCAUUCAGGUCCAUUGUAUCUCCAUUUGUCUCUUUUGUAUCUCCAUUUGAAGUGGGUUUUCAAUAAACUAAUUUAUGUUUGGAUAAAAAA